AUGACAACCAAAGCAGAACUCAAGACGAUUCUUGUCACGGGCUGCUCGGCCGGCGGUGUUGGUGCAGCUUUAGCAAUCGCACUCGCCACUAAAGGUCAUUGCGUAUUCGCCACGGCACGAAACCUGAGCAAAAUCCCUCCAGCGUUAGUCAACCUUCCGACAGUCACAACGCUAUUGUUGGAUGUGACUUGCAAGACGUCCAUAGCCACCGUCGCCACUGCUGUUGCCGAUGCCACCAAAGCUAGAGGUGACCCUGGACUUGACGUUCUGAUCAACAAUGCAGGUGUCGGGUAUACGGCACCGCUCCUUGACACCGACCUUGACCUGGCACAGCGAGUUUACGACACAAACAUAUGGGGUCCUAUCAGGAUUAUUCAGUCUUUUGCAGAUCUAUUGAUUAGGAAGAAGGGAAGGCUGGUCAACAUGUGCAGCAUAUCUUCUGUUUUACACAUGCCAUGGAUGGGAGUAUACGCCUCGUCAAAGGCAGCCAUGACCGUUAUUUCAGACACUCUACGUCUUGAACUGGCGCCUUUUGGUGUUUCUGUUAUCACGGUCGUGUUGGGUAUCGUCGCUACCGAUUUUAACAACAACAAAUUUAGCUUGAUACUACCACCGAGGUCAAGAUACACCACAAUCCAUGAGACAAUUCUUGCUUGGCGAAGCGGUGAUAUCGGACCCAAGGGCUGCACUGCAUCUGAAGUGGCUGCUUCUCUAUUGCCUGACAUACUUGGAUGUGGCAAAACGGGAACGAUCUGGAGAGGAGACAAAAGCAUAUUCGUCAAGUACUUGUCUGCCUGGACACCGGAGUUUCUUUUGGUACGUGGGAACACUGAUCCACAAGCUGUUAUGUCUCAUAACAUCACACUACUUAAACUACUGCACAUUUACGAAAUGCUGUUACCAGAUAUCACAAUAUCAGACUGGGGCAAAGCAUGGUGCUGGUCUGUGACAGCAAUCACCGCGCUGUGUGCGAUGGCGUUCGCCAUCACAGCCUUAACAGCAUCUAAGAAACUCUUAUUGACUGUGUGCUCUCUGACUGCCUCAAGCUGCUACGUCAUGUCGAUGUGUUACUUCGCCAUGGCCGCUGAUAUCGGAUGGAUUGCUGUUGACGUCGAAUUUGCUCGCGGGACUAGGGCAGCGCAGGACCACCACCCCAGUCGCCAAAUAUUUUGGGUUCGUUAUGUUUCAUGGUUCAUCGCAACUCCGCUUCUGAUGACCGAGUUGUUCCUUCUGGCUUCGGCAUCUACUGAAGUCAUAUUGGUAGAAGUUUUCCUGGAUCUUGUUGUGAUCGCGACAGGACUCAGUGGAGCAGUAAUUCCAAGUGAUUACAAAUGGGCUUAUUACUUUUAUGGAGCCAUCGCAUGUGGUGGCAUAGGUUACCAGGUCAUCUUCACUGGUACAACGGCUGCAGAGGUUCAGGGACCCGAGCUGAGGCGCAAGUAUGUCCAGUGCAGUACCUUGAUGAUGGUAGUGUGGGUAGGUUACGGUGUUGCAUGGGGGUUGAGCGAGGGCGGGAACGUGAUCUCUCCUGCUGAAGAAGCUGUCUUUUAUGGGAUAUUGGACUUGUUAGGGGGUCCAGUCUUUGGAACGCUUGUGGCUUUAGCUGCCUGUUAG